AUGGCCGAGGCGUGCAGCUCCCCGGAAUUUUCCUCUGUAAUUGAAGGUUCCCUGCUCAAGACAUUGAGACAAACUGCCGACUUGACCCGCAAAUUCAAUGAAAAUCUGGACUGUUUGGCCAUUCAAGGUAUCAAUUCAAUGGUCGUAUUUGUGUUUCAGAACAAUGCAGAUGAUUGCAACUUGACUGAAGCUUUAGUAGACUGGCAGGAAGACGUUUUGAUCAAGAAUCUGGUUAACUGGCGGGACGCUCAAAACACUCACACUUGCAUGCAUUUAAACCUCACAAAUCUUUUGCGUGUAAUUCAGUUAACCGCGUCGUUGAACAAACAACUAUUGAAGCAGAACAUACAACUCAUCAACAUUUUCAGCCGGAUGAUCAAAGCUAUCAAACAAUCAAAACCAUCAAAUUUUGGAGCUUCAAGCAGAUUUUGUUUGGGCGCGUGCAGUGAAGUCUGGUUUGAACUGUUGCAGGAGUGA